CAACGUCAUCUUCAGUAUGCGCAAGAUCACUCGAAAAAAUCUAACAGAACGUCAACGAUAAAGUUAAUAGUGUUGAUGUACUUAUCGUUGGUUAAAUUUAUUAGAAAUGGUUAUUAAUUAUCCUUACAUCAUAUUCAGUAGUUUUUAACCAACAGUAAUCAGCAUAAUCAAAUGGACACGAAUAUUUAUUUGAAAUUAAAGUGGCAGUAGAAAAAAAAAAAUUGUGGAAGCUGUAAAAUUGUAUAAAAGUUAAGGUUAUUAUUCGUUUGAAAUUAAAAUCAUGGAUCCAAGGGGCCCUCAAAGAGCGGGGGCCCCUAUAAACCCAACGACAAUUACAUCAGCAAUAUCAGAUGUUAAUUCAGCUGUUGACAAGUCACUGCUGGAUACUGUUGUUGAUGACAAUUGGCAUGGAGUUGGUAAUACAGCUAAAAAUAAUAACCGCCUGUUGUUCCUCACUGUUGAAUAUGUAGACGAUCAUCAGUCACGAGACUAUUCAAAAGUAUUUUCUCCGUACGAACAGGUGUCUUUUUAUUCCCCGAGAGCUCCGUCACCUCUCUCGGACUUUGAGCACAGCAAAGUGAGCCCGCUGGACCCGAACAUGAGUUCAACUGCAAGAUAUUCACCUACACCUGUACAACAGCUUCCAUCUCUGGCAUUUCCAAACUCCGUGGUAGUUCUUCCUGGUCCUCCUUCACCGCUUAUUAUUCCUAGUGACGGUCAUGCUAGAGCCAAUAUUAAUAAUUAUAUUUCUAGUCACAAUAAUACUAUUCAAAAUGUAGCACAGUCGGGUGAUAGUACAACAAUUGAUUUUGUCAAUAAUGAGGCUAAUGGAGAAGCUCUAGUUACUAGUGUUAAUGGAGAGUUAAUUUUAAUGCAAGGUACAAGUACUGAGUUGGAGUCAACCUCAUCGUCUUCGUCCUCGGUGUCAGCUGACACUGCUGCUGCCGGACCGCUGAUGCUGGCAGAAAUUCCAGAGGCUGAGUUUGCAUUGACGCGAGAAUUUUUGGUGAUGCAAGAUGAUGACCAUUUGAAUGUUGUUAAUUCAUUGCCCAAUCAAAAUUGUGAAAUAAAACAAGAGCAGAUUAUGAUCACUGGUGAUAAUAAUAUUAUUGAUAAUCAUCAAACGGAAUUAUUGAAUUUAAAUAAUGGAGAUGGAGUAAUUUCUCAGGAACAAGUUUUAGGAAGAAUAUUAAAAAAUAAUAUUGAAUGUAAAAAAUUGAUAAAAAGUAUUCCAGCUUCUGGUAAAGUAACAUUGAGGAAAAAUAAAAAACAAAUUCGUAAUAAAACGACUUUAGAAUGCGAGGAGUGUAUUUCAGCAGCUUGUUUGAAAUCUGGUGAGUGUACUUGUCGAAAUGUCCGCACAAUUUCUGAUCAACCAGUACCAUCUCGAGCUGUUGCAACUUUACCAGGAUCAUAUCUGGCGAUAAAUAAAUUACCAUCCGCUGUAGCUAUUGGUGAACCAAUAGGACAAAGUUAUUAUGGAGUAUUUGCUAAACGUAAUAUUCGGCAACGCACUCAGUUUGGGCCUAUCGAAGGUAUACUGUGUCCUUACAACGGAGAGUUUCUUAAAAAUAAUGGGCUACCUUUGCUCUAUGAAACAAAUGACGGGCAGCUACUAAAAGUUGACGUGUCAGACGAAAAUACUUCAAACUGGAUGCGGUUUGUUCGACCAGCUUUGACUUUCGAUGAACAGAACUUAGUUAUUUGUCAGCAGAGUGAUGGAAUUUUUUUUCUUACCACCCGGAAUAUUCUAUCUAAAGAGGAAUUGAAAGCAGGUCCAAGUUCUCAGUAUGCUCUACGUCGCAAUUUGACUGUUCUUCAGCCAGAUUCAUUGUUGAAAGACAAAGAAAUCCAUCAGGAUGACAGUAAUAUUAAUGGAUGGCCGUAUUUGGAGUGCAGCGAGCCAUUCAAAUCAUCUGAAAAGUUAUCAGAACCUUUAGAUGCUCAUCAAGGUAAGAGUGAAGUAACUGAAAAAUUUGACAGCGAACAAAAUAAUUCAAAAUUGUCAUCUGAUGAUAAUAAUAAGUCACUUAAAGUUGUUGAUGGACAAACGGUCCUCUAUUCCUGUUCUCAAUGCCCAAAAGUAUUUCCACGAAGUUAUAGUUUGAAGCGUCAUAUGCACAUGCAUCUUGGCUCAAAAGCGCCUCAGAAGUAUGAGUGUUCAACCUGCGGCGAGAGUUUUUUGCAUCCUUACAACCGUAGCCGGCACAUAAAAAUAUUUCACAGCGACGAAACACGAGAGAAAGAAAAUGCUCGUGAAAAUUCCAGUGAUUAUAAAUGUAAAUCUUGUAAUUUGGCUUUUAAAAAAUUGUCUUUGUUGAAUAUUCAUAAAUUGAUACACGAGCAAGAUGUAAAUAAAGAACACGAUGGUUCUUCAACAUCGUCAUUGUCAUCAGCAUGUCCACAGUGUGGAGUUGCAUUUAAUGCUUGGUACGAUUUAAUAAAUCACGUAUCAUCAAAACAUGGCCGGAUUACAUUGCCUAAAGUAACUAGUUCAUCUAAAGCAAAUAAUAAUAAUAAUAAUCAAAAUCAGAAUCAGAAUCAGGUUUCAACACCGCCAAUGUAUAAAUGUACAAAGUGCUAUAAACGUUUUGCGACAAAGGUACGGCUCCAGCAACAUUUUCUAGUCCAUGGCGCUGAAGAUCAAAAGCCACUGCCGUGUAAUGUCUGUUGUAAAAGAUUUAUGAAUAAUUCAGCACUCUCUUGUCACUUGAAAACUCACCGUCAGGAUAAACAAUUGUUUGAGUGUCCAAUGUGCCGUAAAUUGUUUAACCAAGUUCUCAUGCUGAAAGAGCACAUUGAAACACACAGAGGUGAGGAUGGUAUAUUUAGUUGCCCUCACUGUCCGAGGACAUUUACCAAGUACUCGGUUAUAAGGAAACAUAUCAGAGCUCAUCAUUGUGAACGUAAACACAAAUGUCAAUUUUGUUCAAAACCAUUCCCGACAAUAGACAAAUUACGUAUGCAUUUAUUGCGUCACUCGGAUCACAGGGAAUUUCAUUGUGCUAAUUGUGGAAAGCAGUUUAAACGUAAAGAUAAAUUAAAAGAACACAUGACGAGAAUGCACAAUGCACAGAAAAUAAAACGGGAUCAAAUUAUAACACAAAAUAGUAAUAAUAAUAAUGAUAAUAUUAAUAAUAAUAAUAAUAAUAAUAAUGAUAAUGAUAAUAAUAGUCAGGGGAAAAAAUUUGUACCAAAAGUUAAUCCAACGGAUUACAAUCGUUUUAUUUAUAAGUGCCAUCAAUGCCUAGUGGGUUUUAAACGACGAGGAAUGCUCGUAAAUCAUUUGGCUAAACGGCAUCCCGACGUAUCACCAGACUCUAUUCCGGAGUUGAAUUUACCCAUUUUAAGACAAACCCGUGAUUACUAUUGUCAGUACUGUGAUAAAGUUUACAAAAGUAGUAGUAAGAGAAAGGCGCACAUUAUGAAAAAUCAUCCUGGAGCAGCAUUACCGCCUAGUAAUCGUCAUCAAAAGGAAACAGAUUUAACGGAUUCGGGUCUACAUAAUUCGACAUUUAGUCAAACUGUUGGAAGUGUAUCGACGAUACCACAAAGCUGUCAGUGGUGUCAUAAGCAGUACGCUAGUAAAGCAAAAUUAUUGCAACAUCAACGUAAAAAGCACGCGGCAUUAUUAAAUCCAGCAGAUAAAAUUCCCCGUCCAAGAAAUCGUUCUUCAUCCCAACAAAAUAAUUCAUCACUUAACGACAAUAAUUUUAUCAUGUCCGAUUAUAUACAAGGAUAUGACGUCGAUACUGACGUUGAUUUUAUAAAACCUAAAAUACUUAAAAUAUCUGAAGACUCAAAUUUUAUUGAUAACGAUGAUAACGAUGAUGAUGAUAAUGAUGAUGAUGAUGAUGAUGGGGCUGGGGCUGAAGGUGAUAAUGACAAUCUUGAGCUUGUUGAGCAACAAUUUAUUCGUAUUUGCGAUAUACGUUGAAAUAAUAAUAAUAUUCCUACGUGACAACGUAGAGGUUUAAUUAAAUUUUAAUCGAGAUAUGAAUCUCGUUAUUUUAAAUUUAGCGUCUUGUUGUUGCACGCUGUAACAAUUGAUAAGACUUUUUUCUGGCAGUGAGCGGCUGCGUCGUGUACCGUCAUUGCCACUUGUUGUUCAGACGGUGUCGCGACAAAAUUAAAACAAACAACGAAAAAUGUUAUUGAACUCGCCAGAGGUGAACGAAGCUGAAAAAACGCUGGACAUAAUUUGUUGUUGGCCCUGACGUGGAAUGUCAGAGCUCACCCUAAUAAGGGUGGUUGUCAAUUAAUUGUCACGUGCUCGGUAAUUAAGUCAUCCGUCAAUUGUCUGAAUACAAUAAAUCAAAAAAUCAAUUUUUCAUAAUUUAAUAAAAAACACACGACAUUUAUUAUUGAUCUUAAAUAUUUUAUAAAUUAUACGAGCAGACUAAUUAAUAUUUGCGUAAAAUUGAAUUUUUACAGGUACCAAGUACCAGAUUUGACAUUGAUACCAAUUGAUAUAUUAUAAAUAAUUAGUAUAAUUAAAAUAAAUAAAUAAAAUAAACUGCGUGUAUUACAUUACACAGAUUAAAUAAAUUAAAAAUUUAAGUAAUUUUAUUAAAUCAUCUUGACAUUAAAUUAAUGUUUAAAUAAAAUA